UCAUCUUGUAUCCCCGACACAUUCAAAAAGGACAAGCUAAACAGAAAGAAGCUCAGUCACUACAGCGGCGAUGAUGAUGGCGGAUGAAGAGAUUGAGAGAUUGGAUCCAGAGACCGAGUUUCUUAUGUCGAAGAGAAGGACUGGCAACGAGUGGGAAAUGUUCAAAGAAAACGUAAGGCCAUUAAAAAGAGGCCGAAAUAUUAAUCUCUUGAACUCCGCUCUCAACACCCACGAUGACAAUCGACUUAACAAAUCUCUUCUUGAUAAUCGAAGGAGGAUGAUUGAAGCCAUUGAUGAAUACAAAGGAGACGAUCCUCUCCUCCCGUGGCUUGAGUGUAUCAAGUGGGUUCAGGAGUCAUUUCCCGCCGGUGGAGACUGCUCUGGACUAGUUGUGAUAUACGAACAGUGCGUUCGAACUUUUUGGCGUUCAGAACGCUAUAAGGAUGAUCUUCGCUACUUGAAAGUGUGGCUGGAAUAUGCAGAUAAUUGCAUAGAUGCGGAUGUUGUAUAUAGUUUUCUGGAUGAAAACGGAAUUGGACGAACGCAUUCCUUAUUAUACAUAUCAUAUGCUCUCUACAUGGAAUCUAAGAAUAAGAUCAAAGCUGCAAACGAGAUAUUCGAUCUUGGCAUAUCAAGGAAUGCUCAACCAAUGGCUAAACUGAAGGAUGCUUACAGAAAAUUUCUUGCACGCUCAAUGAGAAGACCAAAAGUUACAGAGGAGGACUCAACGGAGAAGCAGUUACCUGUGCGUAGCUUUGGAACUGUCCUUGCCAGCGGAGAAAAUCGUAUUCGACUUCCCAUGAGCGAGCUCUCUACGAAGAAUUUAAAGCCAGAAAAGACUGGAGCAGUUGCACUUACUAUUUAUAAAGAUUCAACUGUCACUGAUGACAACUGUCCUCAACAGCCGGACGUGUCAAAGAGAGAGUUGCACUCUUUGCACAUGCUUGGAGCUCGAGCUGAAAGGAAUAAAGAAAAUCAUGCAAUCGCUGGCAAGUGGACGACCUACAAGAUUCCCCAGCGACCUGGGAUUAGAACUGGAGCGGCAACUACAAGUGCUUGUAUUCCAGUAUUUGUUGAUGAGGAUAGUGAUGAUGCACGAGAAGUGAAAACCGGGGGACAUAAUUCCUCAAGUUUGUUGAAUAGGCAUGAGGCCGACCAAGACUUGAAAAGGAAAACAGAGAUACUAAGGAAGAAACCAUUGCUCAACUUUCCACAAAAUAGACUGCCCAGGUGAUUGAAAGUUGAAACCGUGCUUGUGGCACGUUGUUUUGAAGAUAUUUUAUGUCAGGCAAGCUUUUCUCUCUAAAGCUGGACCCGGCUUGGUCUGUUUCUUCAUAGUUUGUACUUGAACCUGUUAUCUUUUUUAACAUUGAAUGGCCUUUGGCCAUGAACAAGAGGUGCAAUGCAAUAGUUGAUUUGAUAUUUGAACUA